UCCGCCAUAUCGUUGGAAUUUGUGAAAGUGCGCAUUGUUUGCUUUUAAGAAAUAAGCUGUAAUUUUUAAUUAUUUGACAUUAUAAGUGAAUUAUAUGUGUAAAUAACAAUGAGUGAGUGGUACAGAAUGAAGACGGGUUAUAACAACAACCAUAAUUCUUCGGAGUUAUCAGUGGAAACAUCUUGUGAAAUGUCGGAUUCAUAUAACUCAUUUUCUGAAAACUUGAGUCCAAUACCGGCUUCUAAAGUGCCCAGGAGAUUGGAUUUUAAUUUGGAUGAUGAUGUUAUACGGGAUGAACCGUCUGCUCCGGAGUCACCCAACAUGCCUUACAGAAGGGUUAGAGCUUUGAGAUUAUUUGACACGCCCCACACACCAAAGGCUUUGCUGGAAAAGUGUUCAACACCAACCCACCGUCCGCUGAGAUCUAAGCUAUUCCCACCAAAACUAUGUAUCCCUACAGGUGUACCAUCAGGUUCCAGUCACCACUUGCACCCGCCGUCUGGAGACGACGACAGCGCGCUUGGCAGUCUGCUCCCUGAAGACCUGGAUGACUCAAGAGUCAGAAGACCCAUUGUUAAUAUUAACCCAUUUACACCUGAAGGUCAAGCAAUGAAUCAAAAUAACCGAGGCCAAUCUAAGACACCAACAUGGGGACAGUCACCUGAACUGCCACCAGCGAAACGAAUGAGGGACUCAAACAUCCCUCGCUAUAGUGUGGAGUUUGUGGAGCAGGAGGUGAUAGGUCGCGGCUCGUUUGGCGAAGUGAGCCGCUGUGUUAACAAGCUGGAUGGCUGCGUGUACGCACUCAAGCGCUCGCUGCGCCCCGUAGCGGGCUCUGCUGCUGAACGGAAUGCACUCACCGAGGUGUAUGCACAUGCAGUGCUCGGAAUGCAUCCCCAUGUUGUGAGAUAUUACUCAGCAUGGGCGGAGGAUGGGCACAUGAUAAUCCAGAAUGAGUACUGCGAUGGAGGCUCGCUGCAACAGAUGAUGGAAGCUGGUCCACUGCCGGAGCCCGAGUUGCUGCUGCUGCUCGCACACAUCGCUGAGGGAUUGGCAUACAUUCACUCGCGUCAGUUGGUGCACAUGGAUGUGAAGCCGGGGAACAUAUUUGUGUGUCGUGCGGAGCAGUUCACUGCACCGGACUCUGAUGAUGGGUAUGAUGAUGAUGACACGCCGCAGCAUCCCCAGCAUAUAUAUAAACUCGGUGACUUGGGUCAUGUGACGUGCGUUUCCUCACCGCUGGUGGAGGAAGGUGACUGUCGAUAUCUACCCAAGGAAGUAUUACAAGAGGACUUCACACAUCUUACAAAAGCUGACAUCUUCGCGUUCGGUUUGACACUGUUCGAGGCUGGGGGCGGCGGGCCGCUGCCUAAGAACGGCCAGCAGUGGCAUGACAUCAGAGACGGCAAGCUGCCACAUCUACCCAAUCUGUCCAAGGAGUUUAAUGAACUGCUUAAGAAAAUGGUGGACCCGGAACCGAUGUUGCGUCCUUCAGCUGCUCGUCUGCGGAGACAUGCGUUGCUGCAUCCUGCUGGCAACAAGAGCAAGGCUCAGCUGAGACGAGAGCUGGCUGCAGCAAGGCAGAAGAACGAUCUGCUCACGCGUCGUCUGCAGGAAGCCGCCAGAUGUAUAAAAUCAUUAACACCAGUAGUAACGAAUCAAGAAUCAGCAAAGUUCAGAACGAGAUCAGCAAAACGUCUGCAUUCGCCGCGUUUCGAUUCGCAAAUUGUCGAAAUUAUCAAAUCUGUUACAUCUCCCAUAAGGAUAGACAGACGGACAGACAAACGGGAAAACUGAUGUUCAACAAAUUCAAGUGAUAAACGAAACCCGAACAAGAUCAAGUAUACGCAUUAAAUAUAUA